AUGGCGGAGGUAAUGCUUGAGGUUGAAGAUGGUGAUGAAUUUGAAGUUGAUGAAGAAGGAGAUCAGGGUUUGGUGAAACUGAAAGAAAAAGCAAAGAAAAGAAAAGGCAGAGGGUUUGGUUCAGAUGGACCAACAAAAAGUGGCGUGGAAGAAUAUGAAGGAAUGGAUGUUGAUGAUGCUUUACCAGUUGAUGGUCCGGGUCCACAAAGAUCUGUAGAAGGUUGGAUCUUAUUUAUAACUGGUGUACAUGAAGAGGCACAAGAAGAUGAUAUUUAUGAUAAAUUCACAGAAUAUGGUGAAAUUAAAAAUUUACACUUAAAUUUAGACAGACGAACUGGUUUUCUCAAGGGUUAUGCAUUGGUUGAAUAUGAAACAUUUAAAGAGGCACAGUCAGCUAUGGAUGCUUUAAAUGGUAGUGAAAUAUUGGCACAGAAAAUUAAUGUGGAUUGGGCGUUCGUCAGAGGACCAAGAAAUACUAAGUAA